UCUUCAAAAUUCUGGUUGCCUCGAGCUCUCAUCGCUCCCGCAUCUGUGUCGACUCUGAAUAGGCCUUAUAUGCGAACACAAUAUCCCCGUGAGAUUCCUGAGUCAACGCUCCACAGUCAAGGCAUUCCAAUGUCUCAAAACAAGUCAGAACUGAUCCGCGAUCAGAUAACCGUCUUGUUUGCCUGCAAUAUCUGCGAGGAGAGCUUCUCAUUUGUCGAUAAACUGCAGGCACACGAAGCAAAUCACACGGAAAAUCCUCACACAAAGACGCAGGGUGAAGCAGAGUGCACUCUCAUGACGUGCUCAAGCCCAACUGCCCAUACUGAGUUCCCGGAUCGGAACGACAACGCUUCCUUCCGGCAGGACCAGGAGCGUACCACUCGCCCACUGAAGAGCCCUGUCUUGCAGCAUGUCCAGCGUGGUCCGGGUCAUAUGGAGAACUACAACCGCUGCAGCUCGCUCGGGGCAUGGUCGUGCGUAUCAGUGCGCCUGGAAGACCCGCUCGCCAUGUCAUUGCCCAACAGCCUGGAGAAUUCGGACUGCUCGGCACGGCGACACCAGCUCGUCGCGAGGGCCACAGGUGUGCUGCCUAAUUCAUAUCUUGACACGUCUUUCACCGGUCUCUGCAGAGAUGAGGCUCCUGGAAACAAGCAGGGUAUUCGGCUCCCACCAAUUUUGUCAGACGGCAAUUUUCAGACAAGAAGUCUUCCGUCGCUUCGUGACGUCUUUGGCCUACAAGUUCAACCUUGA